AAGUACCCGUCACCCACGUCAAUACAGCCAGCAGCAGUCACGUCCAUUUAUCGUAAUUAUAUUUUCCCCUUGGUCCCCCCUUUCAAAGCACGAUUUAUAGGCGUCACAAGGCGUGGGUUCCUUUUUCUUUUUCGUUCCUUACCCCUCAUUUUUUUUUUAUUAUAAUUAGCUGUCGCAAGCCGCUCACUCGAGCACCAAACAAAAAAAAAAACACGUGAACUUCGUUGGCAAAUUCGUCAACUCAUGCCGCCGAAUUUUAUUAUAAUAUUGAAACAAUUGUUUGCGACAGGCUCCUAAAUUUUAUUCAGAUUCUGACUCCCUAUUAUAUUAAUCCCGACAUUUGCCACGUGCCAUCUUAUACUUAUUGUAUUUGCCCUUUAUUUUUACUGUAUUUUGUGCAUUUGCCAUGUGUCACCUUAUACUUAUUGUAACGAAAUUAUGAAAAUAUUAUUAUUAAAUUAUUUAUUAUUUAAACUUAUGUAAAAUACACCCACGUGAUUACCUUAAAUCAUAACUUAUUAUGUCUUUAUCAAUUCACCCUUUCCCCGAAAUAAAUCUUGGAGUUUCAAUACCCCAUGCGUGGAUUAAAGCCUCUGAGUUCCACCGACUUGACCCUCGGGUCUCACGCGGUGCGGCUCCCAGGUCACGAGGAAAGUGUUCCCCUUUCUUCGUGGGUAGUUUUUGUGGAACUGAAAAAGCCCAAAUCCUUACAAUAUAAUUUGUUUUAUAAUUUAUUUAUGCACUGUAAUCAUGAUAAUAUAGCACAAUUAGGCUUAACUAUAUUUAUUAUUUAAAUCUUCAAUGUGUAAGAAACUUCAGCCAAAGGUAUUUAUUUUAUUUUUUAUUUUUAUUUACGGGCUUAGUCCUUUGACAAAAGUAAACAUAUAUAAACAAUAUUAUAGUGAUGAUUUUACAAACAACAUAUAAAUAUUACGUAUUGGUUCUUUUAAGAACACCACGAUGAUUACACUAUUUUUGAAUGACGAUGAGGGACUUUAAAUUAAAUUAAAUUAAGACAGAAUGGUAAAUCAGUUUUCCCAGAUAACAGCUCGUUUGAGAAUUUAAGUCUAUCCGAGUGUCUUCGUUUUGCAAGUGUUUCAAUGUUAACUGUCAAGUGCGUCAGAGAAUGGCUUAUGGUUAUUAGGUGGAUUUUGAAUAUGGAUAUAACCAUCAAAGCUAAGGAAUUUUCAAUGGGCCGUUUCAAUUUGUCGAGAGGUAUGCGAAUUCUACAAAACAGCGCCGUAUUCUAGAGUCGGCUGUAGGGUUUUAAAAAUAAAUAAAGUUUAUAAUCCUGGGCUAGACUUUUUAUAGAUCCAAGCAUUCUGUAGGCUUUACUGCAUAUCAAAGUCGAUAAAUACUACGUCUAGUUGAGCAUUAAUUUUGAACGCAUUUAAAACGGAUAAUGUGAAAACAAGAUUGCACGAUAGAGUAGAUCAUCCUGGACGAAAGCCAUAUUGUUCUUCCAUUGAAAUUCUAUUCACGGAAGGUUGUAUAUAUUUUGAAAUAAGGGUCUCAAAUAAUUUUGAAUUAUGGGAUUGUAUGGAAAUGGGUCGAUUAGUUGAAAACGUCAGAUAGACUACCGGGUUUUAGAAUUGGGAUAACGGACCUCAGUUUAAACAAUGUUGGAAAAGUACCUUCAUCCAGCGAUCGCCUAAAGAGUGUUAUAGAGGAUACGCAAUAAUCCAUUGUAUUACAUAUAAGAAUUCUCCAGGAAUUUCGUCUGGACCUACAGACGAAUUGCCUUUUAGAAGGGACAAUCCUUUAAAGACAUCCUCAAUGGAAAAAUAUACAUUAUUGGGUAAGUCAAAAGUAGGGGUAUCACAUAGCUUACUGUCAAAAUUUACAUUAUCUGUCGAGUCUAUGAAAAUAGAGUCGCAAAAAUAUUUGCAACUACCUAUUUAUCCGAUGAUACUACAACAUUAUAAUAUGACAUUUCCUUAGGCACGGAACUACAUUUUCGGUUUUUAUUAAUACAUUUCCAGAAAUCAUAAGAUUUUUAAAAAAAAAAAUAUUCUACACGAUAAUUAAAUUCGUUUAAACAUGCUUUUAUCAUAAAUUUAAAACGAUCUCGAAAGACAGAAAAUUUUGUAUAGUUGAGAGCAUUAGAAUUUAAUUUGUAUUCAAUAUGUGUGCUUUUUUUUUGUGUAAGGAUAUCUUUUAAUUCAUUAUUAUACCAUGGGGAAUAAAUCGAUGCUCGAAAUUGGAAUUUUGACACACAUUUUAAAAUAGAUUGAUUGAAUCAUUUAUAUAAUUAUAUCUCAGGUUUUCAUUUGAACCACCUUUAAGGUUCUGGACGGAAUGAUACGUGUAUUAAUUUUACAAUGAUAUGUGUGUUUCUUCUUUUGUAUAUUUUCUUUGUCCGUCGGUCAUACCAAAAUUAAAAAUUCCAAGUACCUACCUACCUAUUUUUAGUCAUGAGUGAGUAACAAAACAAAAAAAAGUUAAUAUAACACUACAAGUUUUUGAAAAAAUUAAUAGCAAUUCAUAGUUUGUUUAUGAUUGAAAAAUUUUAUUUGUCAGGAUAUUGAUACUUUUGUGUUUGUAUAAUAAGCUAGUAGAUUUAUACACAUUGGAUUUUUCAAAAAUGUUGAUUUUACUUUUAAGCUAUUCUUCAUUAAUAUUAUUCUACUAAUCUAUUCACGCUGUACUAAUAUUAAAUCGGUUGUCGACAAUGACUCAAAAGUUAGGAAGUAGGUAACACUUAAAUAUUAUAAUAUAAAUGUAUUAUACUCUUAACCCUUAAAUGUUCACUUGUUGAGAAAAGCAACAGAACAUUUUCAAGUAAGGUUUUUCUAGUUAACUCAUGGUUACUGAACUUAGAAAACAUUGUCUUAAAAAAAUUUGACUACCCAAAUAUGAAAUUUUGAGAUGUAUCUUAUAGGACACAACAUUUUGAGGCGAUUGUUUUACACAUGUAUUCCUGAAGAUACAUAAUCCAUAUUCCUUAUUACUUAGUUUUAUAAAUUAUAUUAGAUCUGAAAACCAAUUUAGAGUAUUUAUUUAAAAAACCUUUUAUUAUAAUCAUAACAUAUAAUUAUACAAUUUGUUUGGAUAAUUGUAAAUAUAAAAAAUUGAAAACAUAAUAAUUAAUACUUAUAUCAGUUAUAUUAUAUUAUUUAUAUAUAAUAACAGAAAACAUAAUAAUUAUAUGUAAUAACAGAAAACAAAUUAACAUCUUGUCCAGUCUUUAGUUGCAAACUAAAAUUAUAAUUUAUAGUGAAACAUUUUAAAACAGUUCCUACCUUCUAUAUGACACAGUCUUACGUUACAUUUUAAGCAAAUGACACUGGUUUGCCCAGUUGAACAAAAACGAUACCUUCCUUUUUUGGUAAAAUCAGAACAAUGCUCUAUUUUAUUAUAUCUGAUUUCAUCAUUUGGUCUUAGGGCAAUUCUUGGCUUGUCCUUACUUGUCAACGCCAUCCCUAUUUCGUGUCUAAACUCUUUUAGCCUUUUUUGUUUCUCACCUAGUGCUGUGCAGUCUCCGAUAUAGUAUCCAAGCAUUAUUAACACGGAUGUCUAACAUUUGUGAAAAAAAUGACAUGAGCCACUUGUGUGAUUUUAAUCCUGUUCGAUACAAAGCCACAAACAUAUCAGCUAAAUCAACUCCACCCAUGUGAGAAUUAUAUUCUUUGAAAAUAUUAGGAUAUGGCACAGGGAUUCUUUUUUUUUGUUUCUUUGGAGUAUCUUAAAAUAGAGCUAGUAUUUUGUGUACUCUCAGUUGUAUAUGAACUAGCUAAGCAAACAAUUUUCCCUUUGUAGGGCACCAUCAUCUCAUCAAUGGAAAAUCGUUUCCCUUGAGGAACUAAAAGACAAUUUAUUCGAAUAAUAUCUAUAAGUUGCCUAACUUUAAAAAAACUAUCAAUGUCAUCAGUCUCUUCAUUAUUACAAAAAUGCAAACAAGGCAUAAGCUGCUUAUACCAUUUUAGUGACAUAACAGUUGAUAUUUGACUAUAUCUUGUACAUGGUGACCAGUAAUCUGAAUACGCUGGCAUUUUUACAAUACCCAUAAUUAACAUAAUACCAAUUAGGUCUUUUAUUUCUGUAACUGUAGUUCAAACUGGUUUAUUAAAUUUUUGGAAUGAAUAUAAAUUAGUUUGUUCCACAAUAAAAUUAAAUAUGUCAUCAGAAAAAAAAAAUUUUAAAUAUUCCGACGGAGUCUUUUUAUAUUCAUUGGCAAGAUACUCUUGAGUUAAUGGAACUUCAGCUUUUAGUACUAGAUUUUUUCCAUUUAAAUUCAUAAUGUUUUAGAUGAACUUUCUUUAUUUUUAGAGUUUUGAGAUUGAUUAGAUUUGGUUGAUUAUUACUUUGUAUUUUAUGAUUACCUUGAUUAUCAUUGUUUGGUGAUUUAUGUAUUCGUUUUAAACGUCUUGAGCUGGAUGAAAGAAUUGAUUGAGAAGAUGGAGUUACUUGAGAACAUGAUGGAGUUGCAUGAGAAGCUGAUGGAGUUGCUUGAGAAGGUGAUGGAGUAGCUUGCAGAGAAUAUGUCUGGUUUUCAUAAUUAGGUAAUGGAGUAUCCUGGUAUAACUGUGGUUCAUCAAUAAAAUAAUUUGGUUCUAUAUUAUGCUCUUGUAAUACAUUUUCAUCAACUGUUUCUUGUUCUCUUUCAAAUUCUUUUACUAACGUUUCAUUAUAUUCCUACAAUUCAAAAUAUUUUAGUACCCAAGUAAAAAAUAUAUAAAUUAAUGAUUUAAAAAAUAAAAUUAACAUACCCGAUCUUCUAAAUCAUCGUCCAAUAAGGCCAUAAGCUUCUCCAUUUCAUGAUGAGGUACUUCUGAUACAUUUUCAUCAUCAGAACCCUCAGAACCACUAUCCACAGGGGUACCGGCCAAAGCAAUGAUCUUCCGUGUUCUUGAAAACAUAUGUUUAAAUGAAACUGAAAAAAAAAAGUAAUUGUAAAUUAAUGUACUAACUGGUGAAUUCCGUGAAUACUGAAUUCAAGAAAUUGUAUCUUAUAGGAUACAUGUUAUAAAUAAUGGAAUUGAAUUUUUGUAUCUCCAUGGACACAACAUAUUGUAGUUUCUGGGAAAUCAAUUUGACUUGAUGAAAUUACUUAAAUAAUACAUUAAAACAUUUAUUAAGACUUACCUUGAUGAAUUUGUUAAUUUAUUUGAACACCAGACGAGCUUUCGCUCCUUGAGAACGAUUGAACAAAAUGAAAAAAUGGUUAUCACAAUCACUUCACUGAUAAGCGUCAAUCAUGUGGUAUCUAUUAACUGAAAUCUGUUCACAUUCCCGCCAAAUAUUUUUUUUUUGGUCUAUCACGAAUAUAUCAAGUGUAGCCAAUAGUCCGAUAAUAAAUAAUUUUUCAAAUGUCACGAAAUUUAUAGUACAACCAUUAUGUAUCUAGUAAAAUACAAAAUCUAUUUAAGGGUAAUAAUUAAUGGCAUAGUUAAUGAGAUGUAUUCGAAAAACGAUAAUUCAAACUAUUUUAUUAUUUAAAGUAAUAUACAUUUCUAUCGUAGCAAAAUAAAUAUAACUUAUAAAAUAAACUUAUUAAUAAUAUAGGCUGAUAGAUACCGCUCAAUAUCGUUUUUUGCAUGCAAUUUUCACACAAUCGUUACCACUGGACCUAGUACCUAGGUACUCAAUGACGAGAUAUUUUAACGGAGUUGGGGCUUUCGGAUAGUUCUGGAUUCAUAAACCUCUGUAUUGUACGUCAAUUUAUUUAUAUUUCAUGAAUUUAUUGUCAAUCAUCACUUGGAUGGAUGGUUAUCAUGAAAAAUUUAAUAUACCAGAAGAUUUAAAUGCAUUUAGGAAAAGUUUGGAAAGAAAUGAAAUUGCAUUUGUAGGUUUUGUGGAUGGAUCACGUGAAAUGACCGAAAAAGAAGUUUUAUUUACUAAAUUCUUCAAUGAUAACUUUGAUAUAAAAUCUAAAAACAAACUAUACACCCCAAUUGAUUAUUGUCGGAAACGCAAUUUUGGCAAUUGUGGAAUUUUGGGCUGGAUAUCGCGCUGGAUGAAAUCCGCUGAAAAGAAGAGAUCCGCUGAAAAAGAAAUAACAAAAGAAUGUGAUGACAUAGAAACCACUAUAUUACUACCAAAUGGGAAUGGUGGUGGAAGUAUCGAAUAUGACUCUACAAUAUCCCAAACAUAUAGUAAAGAAAAUCCGUACGAAAAUUUAAUUAUAUCAUAUAAUUUAAGUUUUUUCAAUUAUACUGAGAGUGGCAAAAAAGAAAUUAAGAAACACUUGAUGUCAUGGCCAGAAUUUAAAACGGGCUACUUCAUUAAGGUGUAUGAAGAGUUAAAACGCCAGGAUAAAUUGCAUACUAGUUGCCUCCCAAAAUAUACGAAUUAACUCACAUCCUUAUCGCAAAUAAAAAGCUGAGGAAUACUGGACUAAAACAAAGUGGUGCAGGAAAUAUUACAAUCCGGAACCGAUUCAAGAUAGCACACCUGUAACCAAUUGACCUCUUUUAUAAGAAAUAAAAAACUAGUUAGUUUUAUAGAAAUGUUAUUUAAUUUAAUACGAUCUUUCACUGUAUUUUAAAAAUGUAUAAUAUUUACAAAAACCAAGAAACUUAUGCUAUAUACUAAUAUUAUAUUACAAGUGUGAAUCAGUCCAUUUAAAUUAUUAUUUUAUUUUAUUUAAAAUUGUUGUUUAGAAUAGGUACACGUACAUAUUAUAAAGUAUGAAAAUGUAUUAACAUUAAUGUAUAGGAUAAUAACUUUUAUGAAUUUACAAAAAAUAUACUGGUGUGU